UUGAUACACACAUGUUUAUUAUAUUUUUCACGUAAGUGUAUUAUAGAAGAUUGUUAUAUGUUGUUGGUUGUUGGCUUAUUGCCGAAUUUGAUGUAAGAAACAAUCAUAGACAAUUGUUGACAAUUUUACUUAAAUCACACAGUUAUUUUUCAACUACAAUUAUACUUGGAUUAAAAUUCAAAGAUGUUCAAUCAAAGUACAGCAUUGGGAACCGGAACUCCAAGUUCUGCAAAUCCUAUGAAAGAUUUUGAAGUAGUUUCUCCUCCGGAUGAUUCAAUCUCUAGUUUAGCAUUUAGUCCGUCGUCAAUCCAAAAUAAUUUUUUGGUUGCCGGUUCUUGGGAUUGUAAUGUUAGAUGUUGGGAAGUUGAACAGACAGGAAAAACUGUCCCAAAAUCUAUGCAAACAAUGGGAGGUCCUGUAUUGGAUGUUUGCUGGCAUGAUGAUGGAACAAAGGUAUUUAUGGCUUCUUGUGACAAAAUGGUCAAGUGCUGGGAUCUAGGUUCAAAUCAAAGCGUUCAAGUAGCAGCUCAUGAUGCUCCAGUUAAAACUUGCCAUUGGAUUAAAGGAACUAAUUAUUCGUGUCUUAUGACUGGUUCUUGGGAUAAAACAUUGAAAUUUUGGGAUACGAGAAGUCCUAAUCCAAUGUUGGUUAUUAAUCUACCUGAAAGAUGUUAUUGUGCUGAUGUUGACUACCCGAUGGCUGUAGUUGGAACUGCAGGACGAGGUCUGAUAAUUUAUCAACUUGAAGGAACUCCUCAAGAAUUUAAACGGAUUGAAUCACCACUUAAGUAUCAACACCGUUGUGUCGCGAUCUUCAAAGACAAAAAGAAAGUUCCAAAUGGUUAUGCACUUGGAAGUGUAGAAGGACGCGUAGCUAUUCAGUAUGUUAAUCCUGUCAAUCCAAAAGAUAAUUUUACAUUCAAGUGUCAUCGAUCAAAUGGAACACCUAAUGGUUACCAAGAUAUUUACGCUGUCAAUGAUAUUGCUUUCCAUCCAGUUCAUGGUACUCUCGCAACGGUGGGAAGUGAUGGAACAUUUAGCUUUUGGGACAAGGAUGCCAGGACUAAACUUAAGCCCUCUGAACCAAUGGAACAACCCAUUACAUGUUGCUGUUUUAAUCACAACGGCCAAAUAUUUGCGUACGCUGUAUCUUAUGAUUGGUCGAAAGGUCAUGAGUUUUACAAUCCAAUGAAAAAGAAUUAUAUUUUCCUCAGGUCAUGUUAUGAAGAGUUGAAACCACGAUCUACAUCAUAACUUUGAUCUUUUAUUCCAUUUUUUACUUAUAUUAUUCAUAUUAAUCUAUAAUAAAAAUUUUCAAAUAAAUUUUUAUAUUCAUCUAA